AAGUUGAGGGAUGGCAGCGAGGGAGGCGGAGCCCGCGAGGGCAGGCAAUUGGUUAGGCGAGAGCCCACCGAGAGGAGCGAGCAGGCAGGCAGAGGAGCCCGCAGCCGGGAGCCAGGAGGCAGCCGCGGAGCGCCCACCAGGGCCGCAGCGGGGCGAGGGGUACCCCGGGCGUUGGCACUCGGGUGCGCGCCUGCGUAGCCGACUGGGAUGCGGUGAGGACAUUGCUGCGCCCUGUGCGCUCGACGCGAGUCAUUCAACAGCUGGCCUCUGGGGCCACAGUCGCAGCGAGAGACAGGGAGUGUUGACGGUUGCGACUGCGGUGGUUGGAGGGAGACAGCGGCGGCGGCCGCGGCGGCGGUGGCGUUGGUGGCUGCAGUUCCGCUACCCCAGCGGAGCCAGGAGUGCAGGCGCAACGGUUCCUGAAGAUUCCCGAAUGUUCCCUGGUUAGGAUGCCACAGUACAGUUGUUCACCAUGAAGGGUUCACAAGAACGUGGCUUCUCCAAUCUUUCUUCCUUUGAUUACAUUUCGACAUAAGGUAGUCUGAAGACACCAUGACGGUUACAGUGGUGUAUGAUAACUCUGAGGCAACAGAGCUCUGUGCAGCUCAGCACCUCUAUCUCAAGCCCAUAGCAAAACUCAUGAUCAAUGUUUUGCUGCCUGAGAGUAUAGAACCUGGGAGGCCCUUCUCUAACUGGGAAGUUCUUGACCAGCUAAAAAGCCUGAUUUGCCCUGACCAGUUCACCACAGUUCGGCUGUCCAAGAGUACAAAGGACUUUAUCCGAUUUGAGGGUGAGGCUGAAACCCGAAGUUUGGUUCAGAUCCUGAAGUCCAAAUUACAUGGGAAGAUCAUCAAGUUAAAUGGUUUGAAAACAGACUUAAAAGUUGUGGCUACUGAUGCCCAGGGAGAGUGGGAACAUUUCCCCAAGGAAAAAGAGGCCUCCCUGAGUGAUGGCGCUGAAGAGCAGGACCAUGAUAAGAGCCCAGAUUCCAUAUACUUCGAAGGCUUGCCCUGUAAGUGGUUUGCGCCUAAAGGCUCCAGUGGGGAGAAGCCAUGUGAAGAGAUCCUCCGGGUAGUCUUUGAAAGUUUUGGGAAGAUCAAGAAUGUGGAUAUCCCAAUGCUUGACCCCUACAGAGAAGUGAUGACUGGUGGGAACUUCGGGGGUUUUAGCUUUGGCCUGCAGACGUUUGAAGCCUUUAUACAGUAUCAAGAAUCAACUGACUUUCUAAAAGCCAUGGAGUCCCUUCGAGGAAUGAAGCUGAUGCUUAAAGGAGAUGAUGGGAAAGCUCUUGCUUGUAACAUUAAGGUUAUGUUUGACACAACCAAACACUUCAGUGAAGGAGCUAUAAGGAGGAGAAAUCAGGAAAGGCUAAAAUUACAGGAGCUGGAGGAAGAAAGAAAAAAAGAAAAGAAAAGAGAAGAGGAAGUGGCUGAAAGAAAAAGAAAAGACGAGGAGAGGAAAGCCCAGGAAAAGAGGAAGAAGGCCAGGGUCAGGAGGCGAGCCCUGAAGGAGAGGGACAGACACCGGCACAGGAAACAAAAGGACAAAGCCAAAGCUAAGGUGCCUCAGGAGCUGGACUCUUCCGAGGAGUGGGAGGAGAGGAAGUACCUGCUGGCUCAGAGGCAGGCUGAGGCCCUGCGGUUGCUACGGGUACUCCUGAGGAAAAUUUCAGUAAGGCUAUUUCCCAAUUGUUCUUCAAUCUUGGGAUCCACACAGUUUAACUCCCAAGAGGUCAACAUUACAGGCCCUGAAGCUAAUCAUGGGAACACAUUGGAAAUACUGAAGGAGGAAGAAUCAGACACCCAGCAUCUUCAAAAUCAAGAAGAGAUACCAAGAUAUCAGGUUGCCAGGUCAGACAGUAAAAGCAAGCAAAAAGUGAAGAAAAGAACUAGGACUCACUUAUAUAAAUCUUCCCACAGCUUUGAGAAACAAACAUUAAGAUAUUCAACUAGAAAAGAAAGACAUGGAAAAUUAUUAAUGGAUGGAUGCCAUUAUAAUUUGUUUCCUGACCAGAAUUCCUGGCAGGUUACAAUGAUUCAAGGUCAGUCUCUUGAGGAAGAUGACCACCACAGCUCUACUAAAUCCUAUUCUUCUAGAUUAUUUGAGCGAGAUGGUAGCAGGAAACAGAAGAUCUAUGAAACAGAUGAAUUUAUUGACUACCUAUUAAACUACUAUCAAACACCAAAAUAUGCCCGUAUCUACCUAGAACCAAGUCACAUAGAAAGCACAUGUCAAUGGCAGAGGGAUGUCCAUACUAAGGGAAACGGAUUUCAGAUCAAUUUGAGAAAACGUAGGCAUCAUUCAAUCAAUUUGAACCAAAAGCAAAACCUGGAAGGGCGAGAACAGGUUCAAGAAGAUGAUGACUGGUCGAAGAUAUGUACUCAAGAACCUGAGCAUAAACCACAGAAGAGAGGAAAAGUGGAGUAUGCCAAAGAUUGUGCUAAAGGGUUAAAAACUGAUUGCGACCAUGCCGCCAGUGAAGCUGGUGAUCAGCUGUCCCCAGUUGAUGGAAAACGCAACCUGUCAGCAAAGAUACCCGCCCACCAAGUCCAAGAUUCCAAAUCUGCAAGGCAGAGCCAAGUUUCCUCAUCCUGCAGAUCAAUAGACUUAGAAUUACAGCUGACUGACUUCUUGGAGGAAAUCAGUAGUGAUUCCGAAUGCUUCAGUGAGACCCUUAGCAUAAACCAAGAGGAAAGAGACAAAUCUGUGGCCACAUAUCAUAGUUCUCCAGAAGAAGGACCCCUUGACAGUGAUGAAAGCAACGCGGGGGAACAAGCAGCUAGAUCAAGUCAGCAGGCCUUCUCUUCAGAAUGGAAACAUGAUGGCGAGCCAAAGCACUCUAAAUACAAGCUGAAGACCCCAGACAAAAGGUCUAUGUAUGAACUUAGCUACGCAUGGUUUGAGGGUGACAGUGAUUUCAUUAGAAACGAGAAGAACAACAGCCACAAAAAGAGAAAAACCAGUUCCCAAAUACUUGUUUGAUGAAGGCUCUUACCGUGAAUCCAGUUCUAGUGAUCCAUCAGAGGACAUCACAAGAAAGAGGAGGAAGUUCAGGGUAGUAUAUUUGCCCAGAAAGUGAAUUAUAGACCCUGCCAUGUGCCAAUAACAUCAUCAAAAAAGGCUAAUAUUUUCUAUUUGGGAGAUUUUUCCAAAAGAGAGACUCCUUGGAAAUCAGAAUAUAAUGAGAAUGCAAGAAGGUCUAAAAGACAGAUGACUUCUUAAGAAUUCAUGCUCAAUUCUGAUAAUAAUUAUAAUAGACAUAAUAAGCGGGAACUCAUUACUGACUUAUUAGUGACUGUGGAAGUUGUUUAGAGGGAAAAGCUACCCUAAUUCUUUCUAUUGCAAAUAUUUUAAUGGCCACUUUAAUUAGGAACACCCGGUUCACCAAUAAACAGAUUGUGAGAAGACGAUGAAAAACAAAACAUGGCUUACGUAGUUAGCAACUCUGGAGCAAGAGAAUCACAUUGAAAAGCAUGAGGAGGGUCAAAUGCAAAACUUUGUUUCUCUUGCCAAAGUUGAAGGUGUACAUCAAAAUGACUGCAGGUGUGUUGGCAAGCUUUGGAAAGACAUCCAGAUUUGGAAGCCUGGUAAAGCAAUGUGCUUGCAAAACUUCCUCCAAAGACAGACAUUUUAACAAUUUAACUGCAAAUUGAGUUUGGUGCCGUGAGAGAGAUUAAUAUUGAGAGGGGCUUGAUAUAGCCUUCUAAGGCUCUUUAGCUGUCACAAAUUCAUCAUUUAGUGUCAUUUAUCUUCAAAGAUGAUAGCAGAGAAUAAAUGAGGAUCCUUUUACAUAUUCUUUUAUUUGGUCAGAAACACCAUGUGCAGCAACACAUUUUCCUUUUAUUUAGGAUUAAGUGUAGAUAUGAGAUGACAGCUAGAACAUAUAAUAGACUUCUUCAUGACAUUAGAGUUUUGUGAGCACCCCCUGAAGGAAAUUAAUCUUGCUAGAAUGUUCAUAGUACUCAAUGAGUUGUCCUUUUAGAGACUAAGUUUUGGAAGAAUUUUAAAUGGGGUUCAAGUUGUCUUUUGAGGUUUAAAUAGAUAAGGGGACCAUUAGCAAGGGUGUUUUUUAUUUUUUCUUUUCUUAAGAACUCCAUGUCUUUCCAUUUCCAUGAAAACAACAGGAUUGAAGUGAUAACCAGUGGGAUUUGUAAAAGGAAAUAAUGAAAGCUCCUGGGGCAGCAAUAAUGGCACUUGGGAAGAGAGGACGUGGCAUUUCCAUUUCAGGUUAUGUAAUCCUUUCACUCAGGGUUGGGUGACAUCAGUUUGUAAAAAGUCACUGAAUAUCCCCAAACUGACUUUUAUACAACAGUAACAAGUGCCUCCUCCAAUCCUCAAAUAAUGCCAUGGAGUUAGGAAGAGUCAAAGGAAAAGCCCAUAGUUUUCUAGCUGCAGAAAAAUUAUAUAUGUGCAAGAUUUGUAAACUCUUAACCUAAGCAAUUUAUCUUUAUACCGAAUUGUUUUGGACUUCUUAAAUAUUUUUAAAUUGAGAUAUUUUAUAGAUUCUUAAAGACUUACAUCUUAGUGCAAUGCAUGUUCUGUAGAAAGCUAGGCUGAUUCAUGCUGCCUUACAUCUGAUUUAGGACCUCAGGGGCAGUAGGUGCAGUAGGUGACCAUCCCCCCCCCCCAAAGCUAUCUGUACUUGACCUGGCUGUUGAAGACAUCAAUGAGAUUAGAGACUGCAACUGCAAAAGGUGAUUUUUAAUCCACAGAAGCAGUAGAAGGCAAUAUUUUCAACAUGACAUGAUUCAUUUCCGUCUUCAUAUGCUAUUUUGUAGACAAGUGCCAGCUGGUAGAGCCACAUAAGAUGCCAGUCAGUGUGGUUGCCCAGAAUGUGGACACGAGGCACACUCAUAACCAGCCUCUUGAACAACCUGGCAUCUGAAUGGGCUACAAAAUCUCCUCAUUUUCUAAAAAAGGAUUCAUUUAUUUAUUGGAAAGGCAGAGCAACAGAAAGAGGAGAGAGAGAGACAGAGAGAGACACAGAGACAGAGACAGAAUCUUCCAUCUGCUGAUUCACUCCCCAAAUGGCCAUAGCAGCCAGAGCUGGGCCAGGCUGAAGUCAGCAGCCAGGAACUCCAUCCUGGUCUCCCACAUGGGCAGCAGUGGCCAGGCACUUGGGCCAUCUGCUGCUGCUUUCCCAAGCACAUUAGCGGGGAGCUGGAUCAGGAGCAGAGCGGCUGGGACUGAAACCUGCAUUUUGAUAUGGGAUUGCCAGCAUGGCAAGUGGUGGCUUAACCUGCUGCACCACAAAGCUGGCCCCCAAAUCUCAUUUACCUGGAGCCACAAGUUGUUUCAUUGAUCUCUCCUAUUCACAUUUUUAUGAAGGUGCGUUAGUACAUGCAGAAAUUCAGCAAUGAUGGUAACAAAGCAGAUUGUAUUUCUUAUGAAGCUAAGAACCAAUGAAUGAGUUUGUUGGCUCUCUCCUGUUCAGUUCCACUUUCAAGCUAAUGACCCUGCCAGGUUUGGCUUGCCAAAUCUGAAAAAUUGCUUAUGGGGCGAGUGCCUUUUCUCCUCUGAGGACUAGCAGUGACUACUAAUAUUCAAAGUACUGUUUUCCAGAAGAGCCUUUGGAACUAUCAACAGCUUGUAUUCUGUCAGACCAACUUUCUGGGAACUGGGUAUUGUUCUCCUCCAACGAAAACCCACCUCCUUCCUUCUUUUUUCAUGGUUUACACCACUGAAAAAAGAACGUUUUGGGUCUGUCAUGGAAAGCAACUACGCUUGUUUUGAAAAAUACUUUUUUUCCCUGUAAUUUAAUAACUUUUCUUUGCAGAGUUUUUAGGAAUAGAAGCAAUUUGCUGCUCAGUAAACAGAUAUAAAAUAAAUUGCAAAAUACAGCAUGUGCAAUUUUUUGUAUAAUAUUUAACUGGUGCUAAGUCAUUUCUAUAUAAUAUUUCUGUCUUAUUUGUUUGCUCAUUCCUGUCUUGGGACCUAGAAGAGAGUAAGAAUCCUGGUUUUAUGUUUUCUUUCUGAACAACCCUGGACUUUUAUAGCUGUCUUGUGGUAAUGCAUUCUAGAUCUGAGUCAACCUCUUUUUCUGUGUAGGCCUUAAAGGAGGAAGAGAACAACUUAUUCUGUACUUUUCAACUGAAUGGCUUAGUAAGGAAUGAAACUGACUUGAAAAUAAUGUAACCACCUUCUCUUAAUAUUAACAUACUCUGUUGUGCUGUUAUUUAAGUGGUGCAGAAGUGUUUGUUGAACCUUUUUUUCUGUGUCAAGUAAGGGCCUGAACUUUAAACUGCCUUUUUCAAUAGGUAUUUUCAUGUUUUUCCUAGUAUGGGCUGCUGAUAGUGCUGUAAGAAAUCUAAAUAUCUGCCAAUGUAUCUUUGGUUCCAUUUGAAUUUCUCAGGUAGAAAGCCAUGUAACCUGCUAAUUUUGAAAAUAAGAGCCAAAUAUGUGUAUUUUUGUUUGUUGCAAAAACUGUUUAAGAUGUUAAUUUUUAAAUAAACGCUGAUAAUUUCACUCUGGGAGGAAAACGUCUACCUGUAGUAUGCUGCUUUGCACUAAUGUUGCUGAUCUUUCUUUUCUCAUUUGUAUUGCUAGAAAAAAUAACACCUACUUAAUUUUCAGAUAUAUUAAAAAAUACUGUCAUAGUGAA